GGCUCUUUGGAUAGUAAUAACGUUACCAACACGGCGAUGACCCACGGACCUUACUAUAACUUAUUCAUUUCUCGAUAGCUUCUACUAUAAAACAGUAGUCAUAGUGCGGUUCUUCUCAUUUUCAGGCUACCACUUGUCAUAGCUUUUCAAGAAUCCUUUUGACUUACAUGGUAGGUUAUUAGAAUGUUUUGCCGAAAUCAGGUGUCGAGAACCACGGUAGCAAGGGGGUCAGCAUUGGAUCUGGAAAUACGACGAAAGGGGCAUUUCAACACUCUUACGGACACGGCGCAGGAUGGUGAGGUGCAGCGUCAGAUAGACCGCGAGGUGCGGAUGCGUGAGGGGGCCAGUAAGCUGCUGGCCGCGUGCUCCCAGAGAGACCAGGCCCUGGAGGCCUCCAAGAGCCUGCUCACCUGCAACACCCGCAUCCUGGCCCUGCUCAGCCAGCUGCAGAGGAUGAGGGAGGCCCAGGUCCUGCAGAGAUUAGGCCACAGGUCCUGUAUUGGUGGGUCACUGGAUGAGAGGAUGCCCUGCAUGGGUCAUGUGGCCAUCUCAGACCUGCGUAUCCCACUCAUGUGGAAAGACUCAGAGUACUUCAAGAGCAAAGGAGAGCUGCAUCACUGUGCUGUGUUCUGUCUGCUCCAGUGUGGCAGAGAGAUCUAUGACACAGACCUGGUGAUGGCGGACAGGACUUUGACUGACAUCUGCUUCGAGGACACCAUCAUAUUUAAGGAGGCGAGCCCGUGCUUUGAGCUCCGUGUGGAGCUAUACAGUACCUGUGUGGUGGAGGACUUCUCACCGGGCCCAGGGGCACUAGGACCCAGGAGACAUAACCGCCUCAGCAGCUCCCUCGGCUGCACCUCUGGGAGGAGGAUCAGGGCAGCUCUAGAGUCUGCAGCCUGUGGUACCAUACCCAACGUAGAGGGAUGUGAUGGAGGAGGAGGGUCUCCACCACCUCUGCUGCCUGCUCUCUGUACAGAGGGGCCAAAGUUUCACCUUCUGGCCCACACCACACUGACAAUAGCACAUGUUCAGGACAGCUUCAGAACACACGACCUGUCCAUAUCAGCCACAGAGGACAGUGCAUUCUGGCUGCCUCUCUAUGGCAGUGUGUGUUGCCGUCUGGCCGCCCAGCCUCUCUGUAUGACCCAGCAGGUUAUCAGCGGCAGGAUCAAGCUUGAGAAGGAGCCUGAGUGCUGGACUGACAUCUACGGUGUCCUCAAAGGGACAAGUCUUAUCUGUUACCACAGUCAAGAGAGCAUGGUUGCCCAAGAGGAGCCGUUAUUCACCAUCGCCAUCAACAAGGAGACCAACAUCCAUGUGUCCGAGAGAGGGCCUCUGCACCAUACCCAGAGUAUAUCCAUCAGCACACACGCCCGAGGUGACGAAGCUGUCACACACACUCUGGUCACACACACACCCCAGGACACACAGCGCUGGAUGGAGGCCUUUUGGCAGCACUUCUAUGACAUGAGUCAGUGGAAACAGUGUUGUAAUGACCUGAUGAAGAUCGAGGUACCCUCUCCUAGGAAAUCCCAUUUGGUCACAGCGAAGCAGGGCUCGCUUUACCACGAAAUAGUCACUCCAUCUUCCCCAGGUGAGAGUGUGGUAAUCCAGGAUAAUUCUGUGUCUGCUGAAGUGUGGGCCUGAUCUCCUCUUACUGUAACCACAGUUGAAGGACCCUCCAUGAUUUGCCAAGUUGUCCCAGUCAAGGGGACCAACAUCAUGCAACUGCAUCACCCAAGACAGGAUCCAACUAUUACCAAACUCCAGCACCCCCCCCCCACCACCACCCAAUUGUACUCCUGCUCUUGAGAGUGACGUGCAGUGACACCCACCUCCCCCAUGACACAGUGUCUCUGUACUGUACCUAUCCCUGUCCUGUAAUAGCACGAAACAACCACAAGAGCCACUCCUCUCCAGGAACACAUACAGGAACGCCACAAAUUGGGGGCUGCAAUCACACACUUUUGCUAAUUGUAGCAUUCCACACUCUUGAGUUAUUCUGGUAAUGCAGCUUUGACCUUUUCUAGUCCAGCCUCAAUGUUUUAUAGGACAUUUGGCGCAUCUCUUUACUUGUCCUACCAUACCGACAAAAAAAACAAACUUUUUUUUUUUUUUUGUCCAAACCCAAUCGGCUUUUAAUUAAUUAAUUGAUUUUAAAGGUUAAAAAUAUGUUGGUAUGAUUUUGGUACUUAGUCUUUACUUUUAUUCUUUAGCCUUCUCUCUUCCUAUUUAAAUGAGACCGUUUUGUUUCGGACACAAAAAUUCAGGACAAGAUAAUCAAUAUGAUUGCAAUUCGGAGCAUGUAACUCAAACUUGAGGAUGGCAAUAAAAACCUAAAAACCUUUAUUUGUAUGUCUUCCGGUCAUGAUUGUUGUCAUGAACUGUCAUCUCCUUCAGUGGCACGUCAACACUGUCAUUGAUGGCUACCCAAAUUGUUGUCAAUAUUCACUGUUCUGCAGUUCAUGCAUGAACUAAUUAAGGACCAGUGCAGUCAAAACGUGACUUUCAUGUGCUUUAUAUAUACAGUACCAGUCAAAAGUUUGUACAAGAGUGUGCAACGCUGUCGUCAAGGCAAAGGGUGACUACUUUGAAGAAUCUCAAAUAUAAAAUAUAUUUAGAAAUGUUUUACACUUUUUUUGGUUACGACAUUCCAUAUGUCCAUAUGAUUCCAUAUGUGUUGUUUCAUGGUUUUGAUGUCUUCACUCUUAUUCUACAAUGUAGAAAAUAAUAAAAAAUAAAAUAAAACCCUGGAAUGAGUAAGUGUGUCCAAACUUGACUGGUACUGUAAUUCAUAACUGUGAGGUUGGAAUAAUACUGUGGUAUUGUGAAAAUGAUAAUGCCAUUUUAGUGUAAGAGCUGACUGAAAUUUCAACCUGUUUUGGUGGGAUGGAGUUUUGGCCUGCCUGGUAACGUUAAUGGACUAAUAAGAAAGAGUUCCAAACCCCUUUGCCAAUAACGGCAGAUAUUCCAUUUUCUCCUACUCACUCAAAACACUCCCAGACAGUCCUGGCAGAUAUUCCAUUUUCUCCUACUCACUCAAAACACUCCCAGACAGUCCUGGCAGAUAUUCAAUUUUCUCCUACUCACUCAAAACACUCCCAGACAGUCCUGGCAGAUAUUCCAUUUUCUCCUACUCACUCAAACCACUCCCAGACAGUCCUGCCAGAUAUUCAAUUUUCUCCUACUCACUCAAAACACCCAGACAGUCCUGGCAAAAUUAUUGCCGGAGAAAAUACAUUUGUUUAUUUUUGACCAUUUGAAUUGAAAACAAAUCACUAAUGUAUUUAAUUGUUACCGGGAAAUGAUUUGAUACUGAGGAUAAAAAAGCUGCAUUGGAUCAUUAAAGUAUUUACUGUGCUAGACCUAGGGAUACUCUUUGCUCAAUCGGAAAGUAUUCAGACCCCUUCACUUUUUCCGUACAGCUCAGAGACAUGAUUGCGUCAGAUCUGGGGGGUGGUACCAAAACAUGUCUGCCGCAUUGAAGGUCCCCAAGAACACAUUGCCCUGUAUCAUUCUUAAUUGUAAGACGUUUGGAGCCAACAAGAGAUCUGCUAGAGCUGGCCGUCCGGCCAAAUUGAGGAAUCGGGGGGACUCUGAACAUGAGAAACAAGAUUGAACUCUUUGGCCUGAAUGCCAAGUGUCACGUCUGGAGGAAACCAGGCACCACUCAUCACCUGGCCAAUACCAUCACUACGGUGAAACAUGGUAAUGGCAGCAUUGUGUUGUGGGGAUGUUUUGUCAGGAUUGAGGGAAAGAUGAAUGGAGUAAAGUACACAGAUCCUUGAUGAAAACCUGCUCAGGACCUCAGACUGGGACUAAGAUUCACUUUCCAACAGGACAAUGACCCUAAGCACACAGCCAAGACAAUGCAAGAGUGGCUUUGGGACAAGUCUUUGAAUGUCCUUGAGUGGUCCGGCCAGAGCCCGGACUUGAACCCAAUCGAACAUCUCUGGAGAGACACUCCCAAUGCAACCUGACAGCUUGAGAGGAUCUGCAGAGAAGAAUGGGAGAAACUCUCCAAAUACAGGUGUGCCAAGCUUGUAAAAUGUCAUACCCAAGAAGAAUUAAGGCUGUAAUCGCUGCCAAAGGUGCUUCAACAAAGUAUUGAGUAAAGGGUCUGAAUAUAUGCAAACAUUUCUAAAAACCUGUUUUUGCUUUGUCAUUAUGGGGUAUUGUGUAUUAUUUAUUUAUUUUUGUCCAUUUUAGAAGAAGGCUGUAAACAUAAGAAAAUGUGGAACAAUUGAAGGGGUCUGAGUACUUUCCGAAAGCACUGUACCUGUUGUUAGUGGUAUCAUAGUGGUUACGAAAUUAGCGCUGGAGCAUUAUAUAGUGAUUUGUUUUUUUUUAAACAAAUACAUUUUGAGAUUUGCUUUACUUAUUUGAACUUUGUGUUCCAAUUAAACAAUCAAGGCCUGUAUAAACACUUGUUGGACAAUACAUCAAAAUCCCUUUUAUCGAAUCUUACAGAGUUGACAAUUCCAGUUAAGUGCAUUUUAAUGUAAAGCUUUUUUUUAAAUUAACUUGUUGCUCCUUUACAUGAUGUGGGAGCUGAUACUUUGGUCAAUAAAAAUAUCAAAUAAAAUGCAAAUAUUUCA